AACACAACAACACUGAUAUCAAUACAAGUGAUUGACCUGUUUGUUGGCUUGAAAGUAACCAUUCGCCAUUCUUUAAAGUUGUAUCAAUCCAAGGCUUGAAACUGUGAAACAAAAAUACAACCACAUUACACAGAACAUGUCUGAUAGCAUUGACCGAGUUUUUGUCAAGGCAAUCUCAACGGUGAGAGCGUUGUCAUCUCGAUCCAACCAUGGAUCGUUACCUCGUCCUCCUGCUGAAAACAGAAUUAAACUUUAUGGGUUGUAUAAACAAGCAACCGAUGGAGAUGUAGAGGGGAUUAUGCCUAGACCAAUCGGUUUUACUCCUGAGGAUGAAGGGGCAAAGAAGAAAUGGGACGCAUGGAAGCGAGAAGGUGGUAUAAGCAAAACAGAAGCAAAGAGAAGGUAUAUCGCGUAUUUAAUAGACACAAUGAGAGUUUAUGCUAGUGGAACAGUUGAAGCGCGAGAAUUGUUAAAUGAAUUAGAAUAUCUUUGGGAUCAAAUUAAAGAUGUUCAAGUUAGUUCUGAUGAUGAAAUGAGACACCAUAAUAUUCCUUUGCCUUCCAGGUCUCCUCUGUUUAUUCAAGGUGACCGAUAUUCUGCACAUACGCCUAGUAUUGCUGGAAGACCGGUAGACCAAUUUCGUUCUAACUUGGAGAAAAUAUACUCUCAUUCAAGACGCAACACUAUGGUAUCAUUGAAUGACUAUAUCAACCGUCAGGAGCCUGGUGCUGUUGGAGGUUCUCAGCGGUUAGGUGGUGGACCUGAAGCUGGGCCAGGUUCCGUCUAUUCCAUGCCUCUUGUGGACAGAGUUUCCCGGAAAGGUCCUGGAGGAAAUACAAAUAUUAGUAAUGAAGUAAUUGACGAUUUCAGAGCAUGGCAAGGAGAGGUUAAUUUGAUAAUAAACAAACUUACAAAAGAAUUUGUUAGCAGUAGAAGAGAAGGUCGAGCAAGUAACACUCCUGAAUAUGAUGAGCCACUUGAUUCUAACGAAAUCAUGAAACGAAAGAUAAUUCAUAUCUUAAAAGUAAUUGGAAUAAAUGCAUUGAAAAUUAUAAAGAAUUUCUCAAUGAGUUUACUUGCCAUAUUGUUUGUUAUUUGGUGUUUCAAAAGGAAUGUAGUAGUGGAAAGAACAGUUGUUACUCAGCCUGGUAAUAACAACAGGCAAAAGAAAGAAUUGGUGAUCAAUAUGGUUUUGAAUACUGCUGAAAACAAGUGGUUUAUUAGAUUGUUAAAUCUUAUCAACAGUUUUGUCGGGUUUGUAUAAUCAUGAAAAGUUGCAUUAGCCAUGGAAAACUAUUCAAGCUACUUAUUUUAUAGUAAAUACCACCAAAAUAGUACAUAGAUAGUACAUAGAUAGACGAUCUGAUGUAUCUUACUUU